UCACUGCAACUCCAAAAGUUUCCUAAUGAAAAGUUCCUCUUUCUUUGAGCAGAACAAUCUCUGGACAAACGCAGAGAAAUGGCGUUGUUCAAAUGCAAACUGAUUCUAGCAGUGAAAUUCACCUGGUUUCUACAUAAUGUUGGUAGCGUUAUAGAUACCUGCGAAGUUACUGUCGCACAACCCUCGCUUAGGGAAGUGGAUAAUACUCUCAGCACUGUGAACAUAACAUGCAGUUUCUCUGCUUCUGGAUGCCCUGGAUCCGCUCAAGUUCUAUGGUUUCGUUUUCUUGCUCAUAAACAUGAGGCUUUAUGCACACCUUUGUGCACAAACACUGGCAAAUUCAAAGCGACUGAACCAUCUAAGAAUAAUGCUUCACUUCAGAUCAGCCAUUUGACUGUAAAUGACAGUGCUGUUUAUUUCUGUGGAGUAGCAUUUUCACAAUCAGUUUCACCCACCUCUAAGCAAACCGGGAAAGGUACAAUUCUGGUGGUAAGAGAAGGGACUGGAAAGAGCUACACUGAAGAAUACACCCUCAUGAUAGUCCUCUCAGCCUUACUGUUUCUAUACAACACCACCAUACUUUCAGUAUUUAUAAUCUACUAUAAGUCAAAAUCUAAAUUACUGAAGAAAACUGAGAGAGAAAAUGAAAAUGGAGAGCAACAUAAACAUAACAGUAGACGAAGAGUUUUUCAAGCAAUUGCACAAGAACUAUACAGGAAGAGAUAUGCUGAAAACUGUCAUCGGAUUGAGAAUUUGGGAACAGAUGAUGACAGCAUUUAUCAAAACAGAUGAGAAAAUUCAGCAGGUGUUUGAGAUUUCUCAGUCAAAACCCAAGUCUUUCAACUUUCCUUCCAAAAAAUAGAUCCUUACUGAAUGAUGUUUUGGGGGAGGGGGGUUGUUUUUGUAAUAUUGCUUCUGAUUGCGUACUAAGAAAAAUAAGCCGAUAUUACAGUGAUAGGAAAGCAUGUCUAAGUCCGCUCCUGCAAAUGUAAAUAAAUACAUUGGAAAGGGACUUCCAUUGAAGAGCUGGUUAUAUUCCAUGGAAAUGUUCUUAUUCAGAAUUUAUUUCUGCAUAUAAAAAACAAACAAACAAACAAACAAACAAACAAACAACUUUCUGUAUUUUUUCAUAUGAAUCUAAUGCUAACAUUUUAAGAACUUUUAGUAAUUCAAGAACUUCCAACUCAGACAACACCCAAGGUCCAUCUAGUCCACUGUCCUGUCCCCAACACAGGCCAGCGCCAGAUAUUUCAGAGGAAAGUGGAAACAACUUCCCUUCUCCAAAAUCCCCCAUGGACAAAGUUAGAGAUUAAUCCACCAAUAAGGCCAAGUUUCUUCUUAAUCCCAGGCAUUUAAAACUGGUUUCACUCUUGAAGUAUGGCAUCUCAUACACUUCCGCAGUCACUCCUAUAAUAAUUAUGCAAUCCUUUAUUUAAUUCUAAAUUAUUUGCCUAGAUGUAGUAUAGCUGCAAAUUCUACAGGUUAACAUUUUUUAUUGGAUAAACAAUUUUUCUAUACACAUUACACUACACAAUACUUAAUACAAGCAUGGACAAAGUAAAACUUAACUACAUAAAAACAAAUUGUGGGCUUUUUUGUAAUGUACUAUGAUUAAUUUUUAAGAUUCCCGUUUACUUCAAAUGUUAUGAAUUGGCAAGAUGCACAAAUGUCAAGAUAAAGUGAUAAGAUUGUAUUGUAUGUCUAACAUUAAAAUAGUGGUGUAUUUCUCUCCAAGUCUCUGUGGAAAUAACUUGUGGAAAAGCACUUUCCAACUCUAGAUGUCACUAUAAUUCCAGAAGUAGCUAGCUAAUAAAGCAAUGUGAAAAAGGAAAUAUCCAUUUCUUUUGUUUUCUCUGCAGUGUAACAUCUGUAUCAAUAGUUUCCACAACUUUUAAUAACAAGGAAACAGGCUGUAGCAAGUAUAGAGCAUUAUGGGAUUUUUAAAGACUAAAUUAUUAACGAACACAAUUUUAAUUAAAUUCUAAUUUCAGGCUAAAUCAUAAAAUACAAAUCUGUAAGACCUUCUCUAAAGGGGCUCUUACCUUUUUCUAAUAAUUGACCAGGAAUCAUUAAAAGAUAUACUCUUUCUAGACUCCUCUCUAUGUUUCAAGUCUUUGUUUUAAGUGCUCCUUUGCUCCCUCUUAUGCAUCAUCUUACAAAAGAGCAGUGCUCACAGUUUUGGCCCUGUGGGACAGCAGAAUGGCAUGGGGCUCUCCCUGCACCCCAGUAUCAGGCCCUAUACCACCUCCUGGGGCUCCCCAUGGGAUUCAUAGGGAGGCCCAUGGGCUGGAUCACACAGUUUGAGACCCAGCUAGACUAAGCCUUGGCUGGGGUGAUCUAGUCGGAGACGGUCCUGCUUCGAGCAGGUGGUUGGACUAGAUGAUCUCCUGAGGUCCCUUCCAACCUUAAUUUUCUACGAUUCUAUGACUGAGUACAACAGGGAGUGUUUUGUCAAAAUUAGAAUCUCUUUUGUUGGUAUUGAUCUCCAUUGCCUGUAAAAAUACUGUAUCUGGGCCCCAAGUCUUGUUUAUAAAAUGAACUGAAAAGACAACAGACUGGAAUGUGGGAAAUGCUACCAACCACUCUUCCCUAGUGACAACAAUGUCUCUAAAACUGAAGUUUUGCACUUUUGAGUGAAGAAAACUGAAUAAAGCUUUGCAAAAUAAAGUUA